AUGUGGGUGUUGGCUGGCCUCGUGCUCCUGACGAUUCUGGAGAAGCCGGUGCUGACCGUGCACCCGCCCUGGGCCACCAUCUUCCGGGGCGAGAGCGUGACCCUGCACUGCGCCGGCCACCACGCCCUGAUCCUGGAGCCGCGGCCCAUCAGGACCCUCUGGUACCGCGGUCACCUGCUGCUGCCGGCGCACACGAGGACCCUCGAGGUGCAGGCCCCCGGGGUGUACCGCUGCCAGACGCGGGGCGCCCCGGUCAGCGACCCUGUCCACCUCUCGGUGUCCAACGACUGGCUGAUCCUGCAGGCGCCCCCCGCCGCGGUGUUCGAGGGGGACCCCCUGGUGCUGCGCUGCCGGGCGCGCGCCGACCGGCCGGUCCAGCGGCUCCACUUCUACCACGAGGGCCGCGCCGUGCGCUACUACCCCGCGGGCGCCAACUACACGGUGGCCCAGGCGCGCGCCGGCGACAGCGGCCACUACCAGUGCUCGGGCACCAUGCGCAUCCCCGCCGAGGGCGCGGCCGAGAGCGCGCCGCUCUUCUCCGCCAGGGUGGCCGUGCGCGUGCAAGAGCUGUUCCCCGCGCCCGUGCUGCGCGCCGCCGGCCCGGGCCCCGCGGGCGGCCUGGUGCUGCGCUGCGACACGCGCCCGCACCCGCGCCGACGCGCCACGACGCUGCUCUUCGCCUUCUACCGCCGCGGCCGCGCCCUGCGCCCCUUCGGACCCGCGCCCGAGCUGACGGUCCCCGCGCGCCCCGCGCCCGACCUGGGCGCCUACUGGUGCGAGGCGGCCACGGCCUCGCGCAGCGUGCGCAAGCGCAGCCCCUGGACGCCGCCCGGCGCCGCAGGCCAGGCCCCCAUGGCCGGGCCCUCCACCUGUGCCCCGCAGGGACCGCCUGGGGCUCUGGGCGUGGACUCCACGCUGCUCCUGCGUGAGAUGCGGGUGCUCCAGGGCCUCCUGGGGCGCGUCCUGCAGGAGCUCCAGGGCGCCGUCCCCCAGCAGCCUACAGAGGCCCCCGGGACCCCCGCGGCCUCUGCUGCUUUGGGGGGGCUGAGCCCGCUUCCUGCCUCUCCCUCCCUGGGCCCCCCAAGCCACCUCUGUGGUUCCAGCUGUGCUGUGGCUGAUGCCGACGCCGAAUAA